AUGCCAACUCAAUUCCCCCAAUUCAACCUGGUUUACGGUAAAUACUUUUCCGAACACAAGCCUGCUAGAUCAUGUGUUGCCGUCAAGGCCUUACCUUUAGGUGUUGAUUUGGAAAUGGAAGUUGUUGCCAUUGAGAAGGAAGAACCAAAGUUGUAA